CUGGCAAUCGCCGAACUUACCGCCCGCAGCCCGCCAAAUCGUGAAAAACAAAAUGCCAGCAUUACUGGUGACGGGCGGCGCGGGCUACGUCGGCUCGCACACGGUCAUGGCGAUGCUUGAACAGCCUGACUUCGAGUAUGAAAUUGUCGUAGUUGAUAACCUGUCCAACGCAUAUAGAGCUGAAGGAGAUAAGAAACCGGUAGCACUGUUGAGGAUAGAAGAAAUGACCGGCAAGACGAUACAAUUCUAUGAAGUGGACAUUCGGGACAAGCAGGGCUUGAACGAGGUCUUUGGAAAGCACGACGUGCAUUGCGUGGUGCACUUCGCGGCGCUGAAGGCGGUGGGCGAGUCGGUGGAGAAGCCGCUGGAGUACUGCCAGGCCAACAUCACCGGUACCUGCACGCUGUUCGAGGUGAUGCGCGACCACAGAGUAUACAAUCUGAUAUACAGCUCGUCGUGCACGGUGUACGGCGAGCCGGAGCGGCUGCCGCUGGACGAGGAGCACCCGACCGGCCGCGGUAUCAGCAGCCCCUACGGCCGGACCAAGUACUUCUGCGAGGAGAUCAUGAAGGACCUGUGCGCCAGUGAUCCGAAAUGGAAGAUAAUAUCCCUGCGCUAUUUCAACCCGGUGGGAGCCCACCCCAGCGGCCGGAUUGGAGAAGACCCUAAUGGGAUACCUAACAACUUAAUGCCUUUUAUCGCCCAGGUGGCAGUUGGUCGUUUGCCAGAGCUCAAAGUGUUUGGUACAGACUACCCCACUAUAGAUGGCACUGGUGUUCGGGAUUACAUACACGUGGUGGACCUCGCCGAUGGACACGUGAAGGCGCUGCAGUUGUUCCAUCGAAAUGAGUUCAGCGGUUUUUGCCCUAUCAAUUUGGGCACAGGCACCGGCUACUCCGUGUACCAGGUGGUGGCGGCGUUCGAGGCGGCGAGCGGGCGGCGCGUGGCGGCCGCGCGCGCGCCGCGCCGCGCCGGCGACCUCGCCGCCAACUGGGCCGCGCCCGCCGCCGCCGCGCGCCUGCUCGCCUGGCGCGCCGCGCGCUCGCUGCGGGACAUGUGCGCCGACGCCUGGCGCUGGCAGAGCGCCAACCCCGACGGCUACCGGGGGUAG